GUGAUUGUGUUUUGCUUAGUACUUGAAAUUUUUCAUUGUCGUGUGAUUUGGUUAUAUUUUUGCAUAAAAAGUAUUACAUUAGCAAUGAUUAUAAACUUUAGGAAUCAAAUUUAGAUUUCGAGGUAUAAGUGUCAGGAAUUUUCAUGGGAAGCGAUUUACUACAACAUAACGCCGAUAUGAAUUUCACUUAGCUAUUACCUUUCGUCAUCCUCGGAGCGCAAUGCUUUUUUUUAAAUUAGCAAAUUUUACAAUCACUGCAGCAUUAAUCUGAAUGUACUCAUCUUCAACACAGUUUGCAAUUGUUCGCACUUUAGUCAUUGCAACUGCUUCCACACUCGCUGAGGGUAAGAGCUAACAUUAUGAAUCGAAUUUCGGUUGCAAAUGGAACCGCUACCGGCUCAGGUAGUUCCAUUGAUGCAGCGCCAUACAUACGCACCAUUGAAUGGGAUAUGAUGAACAAAGCAAAGUUUUUUCCACUUUCAAUGUUAAGCUCGUUUUCUGUGCGGUGUUGCCUUUUCCCAUUGACAGUGAUAAAAACACAAUUACAGGUGCAAUAUAAAAGUGACAUAUAUAAGGGCAUGAUUGAUUGUGCCAUAAAAAUAUAUCGAUCAGAAGGUGUACCUGGGUUAUACCGUGGAUUUUGGAUAUCAUCUGUGCAAAUUGUUUCAGGUGUAUUCUAUAUAAGUACAUAUGAGGGUGUGCGUCACUUACUAAAUGAAAUAGGCGCAGGACACCGUACUAAAGCACUGGUUGCUGGAGGCUGUGCAUCGCUUGUGGGCCAAACUAUUAUAGUACCAUUCGAUGUCAUUUCGCAACACGCCAUGGUUUUGGGUAUGGCAGCACAUGCUGGCUCAGCACGAGUAGAUGUGAACCCACUUGGCAUUAAAACGGGCCCAGAUCGUAGCCGUUUUGCAAUGUCAAUGGAUAUAUCACGUGAGAUAUUGAAACGUGAUGGCUUUCGCGGAUUUUAUCGUGGCUACACGGCAAGUUUAAUGGCAUACGUGCCCAAUUCGGCAAUGUGGUGGGCUUUCUAUCAUCUAUACCAAGAUGAGCUGUGCCGAAUAUGUCCACCAUGGGUUUCGCAUCUCUUUAUACAAUGUGUUGCAGGAAGUCUAGGUGGAUUUACUACUACCAUAAUUACUAAUCCGCUUGACAUUGUCAGAGCACGUUUGCAGGUUCAACGAUUGGAAUCAAUGCGUGUUGCAUUUCAAGAGUUAUGGCGGGAAGAGCACAUGAACUGCUUUGUUAAAGGACUGUCCGCACGCCUUGUGCAGUCUGCGGCAUUCUCCUUUAGUAUAAUUUUGGGCUACGAGACAAUAAAACGGAUAGCGAUUGAUGAACAAUAUAAACACCAAAUACGUUGGUAGAUUAAUAGAAUGUUGUCAUUAAAUGAAACUGGAAAGUGCACAAUUAUGUUACCACCAGAAAAUUUUUCACCCACCCAUGUCAUACAAUAAAAUGCAUUUAGAGAAUUCAAAUGGAUAUAAAUUUACAUAAAAUUACAUAAGUGUAAAUCAAGCCAAGCUAAGGAAUAUGCAAAAGCAUGCCAAAGAAAAUAAUUGUCUCCAGUCUUGUUCCUCAACGGUUACAAUUACAAAGCUAAUGAACAACCAUAUUUAAAAGUGCUUAUACAUAUACCAAUAAAUAACUUUGGGCUAAAUUCUUACUGCGAACAAGCAUCGAGGACAUUUUCAUAUAUACAUACAUGUUUACCUUCAUACCUAGACGGACAAACUACAUAUAACUUUGUGAAUCAAUGUAUUCUCUGUCGGUCCACUCACAUUAUCUUUGGAGCUCUAAACAUACUUGUAAAUACUGAAAAAUGAAUAAAUUAUUCUUAAUCUUAAAUUUAGGGAUAAUUUCUUAAUAAUUUGUUAUAAUUAUUGCAUAAUAUGCGCAAACUUAAUAGUAGUCUAUGCAUAAAAAUUUAAAAAUAUUCAUUGUUGGUAUUUUAGUUUACGCUUAACUAAUAUAAUAUAAAAACAUGUUCUUUAGGUAAACUUUUAUUUUUACUAUUAUUUUGUUUAAAGAAAAAGCUGAAUGCGAUUUAGGACGAUUUUUUGAACAGUAAGAGUAGAAAAUGAAGUAGCGCGCAAAAUGAAAUUUCCAGUGCUUACAUUGUAUUUUUUUGCAAGGUUAGCUACUAGCAAAAAUAAUAUAAAUUUAACUAUGUGAAAAUAUUUGUGUAUAUGUUUUAGAAAAAUAAGUGCAACUAUAACAAACGUAGAAAUAUGUCAAGAAUAUGCAACUUUGCAAAAUAAAAAUGAAAAUACUGGCUAGCCAGCAAUAAAAUGAGUAGAAAAAA